AUGAGACUUACCGUCGCAUCUAUUCUUCUUGCUGCCAGCUCGGUGUUUGUUGCUCCAGCCAACUCCAAGCGCGGUAAUUCUAUCUCGAUUAGCGAUUUCACGGCCUCGGCAACUACCUAUUCAUCUGCUACCAUGCAUUUUGUGGUCAUCGAUCCCAAUUACCCAGAGGACACCCCUACUGACUGCAACUUAAUCUGGAGCUACGGAUCCUCUCCGAAGCAAAGCGCCCGAUGCAACAAUAGCCAAUACUACAUUCGAUUCCCCGAUGGUGCUGUUGACUUCCAUAGUUUUACGUUGGAGCUUGAGCGGGUUGAUGGGUCAAUCGCGGAGAAGGGCCAAGCCUUGCUCAAGUCCGGGACUGAGUGGACUUGCGUUGAUAACCCCGAGGACAAGAUUCUGAUUCGUUGCAGUUAUACCGAUGUGCUCACUAUGAAUGUUUAG